AUGUCAAAACUACAGUUGUUGAAUGUGUUCGUCACCGAGCGUUUGUCGGCGGCUGCUGUGGAGAUAUUCGGGGCCGUGGAGAAGACUAUAGCAGAGUAUCAGGAAGAAAUCUGCCGUUCAGCAGAGGAGAACGAGCGUCUACGGAGGCUGUUGGACAUGGUUAUCAAACCAGAGAUAAAGUUACACAGAGCUGGUGUGUAUAGCGAGCUACAGUUGUGAUACGAGAUUUGACUUGUAGACUUAAAGUUACUAGACUAGAUAAUUAAUGUGGCAAGUUGUGAUAUGCGCACCCUUAGCCCAAUAUUAUACCUCCAGAUUAAUGAUUUAUUUAAUUGACUAAUAAGAUGAGGGCUAAAUAGCCAGCAGAUCCGACCUGCUUGCUUACAGCUGCACUAGGGUCGGACAGUCUUCCUGCCUAGAUUAAGACCCCAUGGAGGGAUGAGAAAUGCUUUGUACUCCGAAUUCUUCCAUUAUCCUAACUUUUACAAGUUCUACUCCGAAUAGUUCCAUUAUACCAACUGUUACACAGAGAAGAUUGAACAGUCGUUCAAUAUUCUCGGUUUAGCAGUUGGGAUAAUGGGACAAUUCGGAGUACAAUGCGUUUCUCAUCCCUGGAUUGAGAUACAUUUUCCGAGACAUAUCUCGUGCCGGUUCUGCGGAGUCUUAAUCUACACAGGAAGCCUGUCCGACCCUAGUGCAGCUGUAAGCAAGCGGGUUGGAUAUGCUGGCUAAGGUCUGAAGGGCAUUCCAUAGCGACUGCAAUCGAGAACUCAUGGUCCAAUGACUGUACCUGUAGUAGAUCCAUGUGUCCCGCGUCCGAAGCUAACUACAUCCUAGUCCCGAUUAGCCACGGACAUUUACAGUGCAUUCGGAAAGUAUUCAGACCCCUUGACUUUUUCCACAUUUUGUUACGUUACAGCCUUAUUCUAAGAGAGUGGGCAGACGGAGCCACUCCUCAGUAAAAGGCACAUGACAGCCCGCUUGGAGUUGACCAAAAGGCACCUAAAGACUCUCAGACCAUGAGAAACAAGAUUCUCUGGUCUGAUGAAACCAAGAUUGAACUCUCUGGCCUGAAUGCCAAGCGUCACGUCUGGAGGAAACCUGGCACUAUCCCUACGGUGAAGCAUGGUGGUGUCAGCAUCAUGCUGUGGUCCUCUGUAGCUCAGCUGGUAGAGCACGGCGCUUGUAACGCCAAGGUAGUGGGUUCGAUCCCCGGGACCACCCACACACAAAAAUGUAUGCACGCAUGACUGUAAGUCGCUUUCGAUAAAAGCGUCUGCUAAAUGGCAUAUUAUUAUUAUGAUUAUUAUGUUUUUCAGCGGCAGGGACUGGGAGACUAGUCAGGAUUGAGGGAAAGAUGAACGGAGCAAAGUACAGAGAGAUCCUUGAUGAAAACCUGCUACAGAGCACUCAGGACCUCAGACUGGGGCGAAGGUUCACCUUCCAACAGGACAACGACCCUUAGCACACAGCCAAGACAACGCAGGAGUGGCUUCGGGACAAGUCUCUGAAUGUCCUUGAGUGGUCCAGCCAGAGCCCGGAAUUGAACCCGAUCAAACAUCUCUGGAGAGACCUGAAAAUAGCUGUGCAGCGACGCUCCCCUUCCAACCUGACAGAGCUUGAGAGGAUCUGCAGAGAAGAAUGGGAGAAACUCCCAAGAAGACUCGAGGCUGUAAUCGCUGCCAAAGAUGCUUCAACAAAGUACUGAGUAAAGGGUCUGAAUACUUAUGGGGUAUUGUGUGUAGAUUGGGGGAAAAAACGAUUUAAUCCAGUUUAGAAUAAGGCUGUAACGUAACAAAACGUGAAAAAAGUCAAGGGGUCAGAAUACUUUCCGAACGCACUGUACAUAGAAGAAGAAAAAAACGUCCCUUGUCUGUCAGUCACGAGUGUGCCCGAGCAGUUGGUCCUACAGUGGGUUGAAAUUUUAGACAAAAUAUCCACAGGAAAGUAUUAUUAAACCGACUACAAAACACGGGUCUCUGUGUGUUGCAAUCAAGAUUUGCUUGCUCGUGACUAAAGGCACGUGCACAAGAUAUAGUACAUGCACGUGAUGCAUGCAUACUAACCAAAUCUUGCAGGUGUUUACAUGGUUUUCCGCAUGUUCCAGGUGCUAGGUUUAUGGAGUAGGUGGUUUAGUGUUAGCACACAGUUCGGCAACACACUCUACCAGGAUACACUUCCACACUCCAUCCCCCAGAUGGCAGCACCAACCAUGUCCAAGUGCUGUGCUGCCAGGAAGCCUUUAUAAGCACAUCAGGUGCUGCCAAUUAAGGUGAUGGUAAGGGAGUGUCCCAACUGGUAGAGCUGUGAGGCCUUUCAUUGUCUUUGAGCCCUUGGGCAUGCACUUAUGUAUUUUUCAUUUUUGUACAUAUUUAUGUUUUUUCAAUAUCAACACCUAGGUGCGUACGCUGAUUUCUCAUAUAGAUGCACAUCUUAAAUCAGGUUACAGACACAGUUAACUAGGCCUAAAUCACCUAGACUUAGCGACUGCAACAAUAUUAGCAGGCUAGUUAUUGGUUGCAUAACGAUAGGAAUUUCAACAGCAGUACCGGCGCUCUAAAAAGUCUGGUAAAUAAUAAUUUAUUGUGGACUAACAUUACAGACAACCGGUAGAGUAAAUGAAAGUGUUAUUUAUUAACAGUCUGGCUUGUAAGGAAACCUUCAAAUUGUUUGCACUGCUUUGUUUCAGACUUUAUAUCAAGAAUUGCUAACACAAUCUGAUUUAUUUGGCAAGCUACAUCCAUAAUCGGUAGACGGUUCUGAUUGGAGAAUCGCUGUUUGCAUCGCUGACCAGUGAACAAGAAACGAUUAAAUCCAGCUUUUAGAUGCCCAAAUAAGAAUCUAAUAUGGAUGCCAAUGUUUUGUUCUACAUAGCCUAUUUCUAUCUGAACAUUCCAAAACAUUCCGUCUAGCUGAAUGCACCCCUGCCCGUUUUGCGGGACUCAUUAGCUGACAACAGAUGGGUGUGCGUGCAAAGUCGAUUUUGGAUUGGGGAGGGGGGUAGCAUCUAAAAACUGGAUUUAAUAGUUUUUUUGUUCACUGGUCAGCGACGCAAACGGUGAUUCUGUUUCUGCAAUUUGUUAUUCAAUGUGUUUCUAUGGGCUUUAGUAGUAAAGGCCAAAAUCUAUAUUUUAUCAAUUAAUUUUUGUAUUUUUUUGAUCCCUAAUGGAAAAAAUAAAAAUAGCUAAAUGAUCCAUAGUAGGACCAUCUUUAAAACAUUCCAUAUGACAGCUUAGCAAAUUUUACUCCUGAACUAAUUUAGGCUUGCUAUAACAAAGGGGUUGAAUACUUAUUGACUCAAGACAUUUCAGCUUUUCAUUUUUAGUUAAUUUGUGAGCAUUUCUCAAAACAUAAUUCCACUUUGUAGGCCAAUGACACAAUCUCAAGUUAAUCCAUUUUAAAAUCAGGCUGUAACACAACAAAAUGUGGAAAAAGUCAAGGGGUGUGAAUACUUUCUGAAGGCUCUGUAGCUUUGGACGUGGGACACAUGCUGCUAGCAGUCAUCGGACCAUAAGUUAUCUUGAAUGCAGUCACUAUGAAAUGCCCUUAGACCUCGGCUUACCAAUUAAUGAAGUAAUUAAUGACAAGUCUAAUAUUGGGAUAGCGCACUCUGAACACAACUUUGCUUUGUUGAAUCACGUGCUGUAGCUAGUGUAGUAGACUAGUCAACAAAUCCUCUGUUUUUUUAGCACAGAGGCCUUCCAAAUAAAAUUACUAUCAAAAUAUUGUCAAAAUAUUGAUUGAAUACAUUUUUUUCCCUCCAGACUUCCAGCUACUCACUCCAGCCGUUCCCCCUGAUCAGCAGAACUGUGAGCAGGAGUGGAGCCCCAGUCUGGGGCAGGAGGACCCAGAACCCACACAGAUUAAAGAGGAACAUCAGGAGCUCAGACUCAGUCAGGAGGACUCACCUCAGCCCUCACAUCUUUACCAAAACCAAACUGUGGAUGACGGAGAGCAGGGGCACUCUACCUAUCAUCAUAACUGAAGAGAUCAAAACAGAACCUGAUGGAGAGGGCUACAGAGUACCAGAACCAACCAGUGAUCAGCCCCUCUCAGUUCAUCCAGACUUCUCUGCUGCAGUGGAGAAAACAUAUCAGUGUAAACAAUGUGGCAACAGCUUCACACGUAAGGGACACUUGACCAUCCAUUCAAGGAUACACACUGGGGAGAAACCUUAUCAGUGCAAACAAUGUGGCAGAUGUUUCAAUGUUAUGAGUAACCUGAAACAGCAUAUGAGAAUACACACAGGACAGAAAUCUUCUCAGUGCAAAGACUGUGGCAAAUGUUUCAUUCGGAAGUGUGACUUGGACAGACAUACAAGGAUACACACAGGGGAGAGAUCUUUUCAGUGUGAAAACUGUGGCAAAGCUUUCAACCAGAAGAUAGAAUUGACAUUGCAUAUGAGAGUUCAUACAGGACAGAGACCAUAUAGCUGUCCUGUAUGCAGUAAAAGGUACAUGGCAUUAAGCCAUUUAAGACGUCAUCAGAGCGUUCACACAGGGGAGAAACUUCACCAGUGCAAAGAACGUGACAAAUCCUUUAGUAAUAAAGGAAGCUUGAAGUCGCAUAUGAGUACUCACACAAUAUCACUGCAAUGAGUGCAGCAAAAGCUUCAGCCUGAAGUGAAUCUGAAGUGAAAACAACAAAUUACACUUUAUCAUUGUGGAUUUCUUGUUACAUCCAAUGUUUAAAUUAAUGUUAUGUUCUAUUUUCUGGCACUUGACAAAAAAAACUAAUUGAGUAGUGUGUGGAGGGGAAAGCAUCAGUCAGUAUCAGAUUUGUUAGCUGAAUCUAGCUCUCACUUUCAGGGACCGACCCUCCAGGACACUGCUGGCUUCAGGAAGCCCUCACCGCUGUGUUUAGCACAGAGCACACACUUGGAUUUCUAAACAACAGGAGUCCUUGUUCAAUUGUUUAACAAUGACAUACAGGAUAUUUGGGCUUCUAUCUGUACUGACGGCUGCAUGUUAGAAUAUUGAAGUAGCCCAUUAUAUCUGUAUUGACGCAAUACAGUAAAUAAACGUUGUUUUAAAGAUGUAAUUUUUUCAAUGGAUGUCAUAGUGAAACCCUCACUUUUGCUCUGUUGAACAUUGUUUCUGUGAUGGUUGAUAUUAGGCAGGUUUAAUACAUCCUCUAUCAGCUCUAUUCCCUGCCGUCUACCCUAACCCUAUCCUAGAACAGCAUUCCUAAAGUCUGAGGUGCUUUGUGCAUAUAGACCCUGUGUCAAUUGUAAGGGUCAACUUUUACCUCCUGACUGGUGUCUCCUGGGACAUGGCUGAAAGUAAACCGGUGCCUUUGUUUAAUUAUUAGGUCACAAAAACAUUUUAUAAGACCUUUGUUGGGUAAAGGUCAGGCUUUAAAGGACUUUGGGAACCACUACCUUAUACUGACAAUGGCUUCCUGUGAUAACUGUGUGUGUUUAAAUGUAGGUCAGUGUGAUGUUUAACAGGCCACAUUCCUAAGGAACACCAGCGUCAUGGAGGAUCCUCAACAUUCCAACUGACCUGACCGUGCCCUCCACAACCGUGUCUCCUUCCCCCAUCCCCGAGCCUGACCCCAGAGGGCCCUGAGGUACAGUGUUGUGAGAAGCAGGACCAGCUUUAACUGAGUGUUUGGGUACAUCUCAGUAGUCAUAAGUCUGACCCCUCCCCUUUCCACGUAUUUGACCCAUCCCCUUUCCACUAAUGUGACCCUCCCCUUUCCACUCCUUUGACCCCUCCCCUUUCCACUCCUUUGCAACUCUUCUGCAGGUCGUUGUUUUGUGAGAGAAGGGUUCUCUGUUAACUAGAGUAAAAAAUCAGGAAGAUGAUAGUAGGAUACAUAAAAUGAUCCUUUUUGCCUGUGCAUACUGCUCUCUGUGCAUACUGCUCUCUACUUGCAGUGCUGUCAACAGAUUUUUGGGGUGUGGUUAUUCCUCCUAUGGUAGUGCAGUGGCGACCCGUCAUUCAGGGCAGGUGGAGUCCCACCUGUUUUGAGCCCCACCUUUUUAGCUAAAAAACACAAGGCAGCUCCAAAAUGCAGGUGUUUCAGCCUAGCUCAGUGCUUUCUGUGGUGGUGGGGCAGCCGGCGGAAAAUACGGAGCGUAGGGUUGGUAAUGUUCUCUAGUUGCGCCUUGAUUGGCUCAGUGUUCUGUCACUCAUGGGGACACUAGUCACCACCAAAUCUAAGGGUAGAGCUCGAAAAUUCAAGCCCCUUGGGUGCUGCCAUAGAGUUACAUUAGAAGUGCCCAUCCAAGAAGGCUCAAGGUCAUUGGCCACAGAUAAAAUUACGUCAAAUCACGUUAUAUCUACAGUAGCUUUGAUUGGACUGAUCAUGUCAACAUCAUACUUUCAAAAUCUUAGCUAGCAGUCAUCAUCAUGAAUCAAGUCGACAAUCUACUGGCAAAUGCUUUUUAAUCCUUGUCAUAUGAAGAGAAAUAAUGAAGAGAAAUUAUAGAUAAAACGUAUCGGUGCUCAUCGGCCAUUUGGCAUAAACAUUACACAACAAGUAGAAAAUCGCAAAUUCAACAAUGAGUGGUUUGGAAGGGAUUAGUGGCAAACUGCAAGCAUUGCAAAGCAAUCACUAGCUUUCUAUUCAGUGGAGUGGGUUUGUGGUUCCAAGUAUGGUUUUAAGGGUCUCUUUUCCCAGCUUAAAAGGAUAAACAUUCAACAUUGGCCAUGCUUUCAAUCCAGCAUGACUUCUGCCACGCUCAAAACAACUGUAAACUCAGAACUGGGAAAUCUGACUUCAGUGAGUUCAACUGGGAACUGGGAACUCGGAAAAAAACGAGCUCUGACUGGGAAAAUACGUUUUGAACAGUCAUCCAACUCGGAAUUGCAAGUCGGGAACUCAGGCCUCUUUCUACAACUCCGACCUGAGAUCACUGACGUCAUCAUGAUUCAACCUUGGUUUUUUUCAGAGUUCUCAGUUGUCUUGAAAGCACCAUAAAUCCAGAGAAUGACAGACUGAUGACUAAAUUUGCCCACGAACGACCACCGCGCCACCUUCCUGUUCAAGUGAGCACAGCACAUCAAGGUGAGUCCAAAAAUGUAUUGUAUGCUGCUGCAUAAAUGAUGUAAUAUGCCAUGGAGAUAUGUAUACUGUAGCUAAGAAAGUAAUACUAAGUGUAUGUUGUGUAGUAAGAUGUUAGUAGCCCAUGUGCCUCACCCUAAUAAUUUGGAAUAUUUUCCCCUCUUAAUUUUGUCUACUGUUCUGACUUAGUGGUACACUAUAACCUGUUUUAGAGAAAUGUCAUCAUCGAAUAUUGUAAGAGCUUUCCUUGUCUGCUUAUAUGCCCCCUUUAUUUAUCCUACGGUUCUGACUUGGUGGACAGGGAGAACACUGUAAGAACGGCCCAUGUUCUGAAUUUUGUCGCUGUACAAAUAGUUAUUGACUACGUCUGUCCUAGCUCACUCAUUAAUCUCUUAAUCGAAAUUACGGAUUGCCUCCUAUCCGCUCGUCGUCCCCUUAUGCCAUAGUUUGUACAUCUCAAUUGUCAUUAGAAACCACAUUUGUUUAAGCAAGUCAGCCAUAUCAGCUAUGUUUUUUUUAAAGGCAGUAAAUUAGGUUAAAUGAACUGUUUCGCUGCAAGACAAGGCUCUGCUGAUAGCCAGGUGUAGCAGUGGUAAGGUGUUGGGACUCUGCUGUUGAGACAGCUUUAUGUAGGCCCUAACAGUUUGUGGGCACCAUUUGUCACCGUUGUAGUGCAAUUAAUGUAUUGUUUAGUGUUGUGUUGUGGCUUUGCUGGCAUGCGUCACAUUUUUUUUUUGGGCCCACCAAGAUUUACAUGCUAAAAUCGCCACUGUGGUAGUGACUGUCAGAAAUUCCACUGUAAUGGCAAACUUGGAACUGCUGUUGACCUAACACCAAGACGACGGUCUCAUCAUAUCUAAUAAAACGUGGCAAAAUAAUGUUGUAGGGAUUUAUUCGGAUAGAUAUUACUAGAUCCACAAAAAUCUACAAUUUAUAUCUAGCAGGUUUUCUUUUACCCAAAUAUUUGCCUGUGGGAUUAGGGGGACAGUGUUUCUGGUGCCCGUCUUACAAAAAAAUAAAUAAAGAAUCAACCACAAAGUCAAUGAAUCAUAAAAUAGAAUAAAAAUAUUUCUGAUGAUAAUAAAUGGGUGGUCCCACUUCUAAACUAAUCCUCGGCCAGCUGUGGGGUGUUUUGAUUUGGCCCUAUUUGGUCAAUAAGCGUCAGUCAUUUAUCAAUCAAUAAGAACUGAAUUUGAACUAGUACUGGCAGCUUGACAUUUUUAUGGGCGACUUUUGUCAGAACUGGUAGUUUACUCUGUUCCCUGUGUUUCCAGGCAGAUCUGGCUCUGUGUUUGUUAUCAUAGGCAGCGAUAAUCGCUCCUCAGGCUCCCACCAGUACAACCCAAAGGAAGGACUCUGA